AUGCGCGUCUUCUCGACAAUUGCCACUACCGCAGUGUUGGCCAACUUGGCUGUUGGCUCCCCAGCUGUGGGAAAUGGCUCUUCUUCUGGCAUUGUUCAAGGUGCCGCCGCUGCGGUCAUCUCGACCAGUGUAACCAGCACCACUGCUCCUCCAGCAGCACAAGGGCCAAAUGAGGCUGCUGCAUCAACCGCACCUGCUCCAGCUUCCCCUACACCUCCUGCCGACACAUCAGCGGCAGGUUCGGAUACAGGAGCCGCCAACCCUGCUGGUUUCACUUCAGCACCCAUUGUCUCCGUUCCCAUACCGUCGGCAGCAGAUAGCACUGCAGCUGCUCCUACUGCCCCGGCUGCAGCUGGUAGCAGCGCGUCCGAUGCUGCCACCAGCGUCGGCGGCUCUGUCGCAGCCUCCGGCACUUCGAAGACCUCGCCAUCCGGCACCGCUGCCGCCUCGGACUCCUCAUCCACCACAUCCAGCCCUAAACCUAGCACGACAACUUCUGCGAGCGCUGGUGACCUUGCAGGUCUCCUCAGUGGUUUGUUAGGUGGCAGCAGCACCACUUCAAAUGGUCUCGGCAAUCUCAUCACUGAUCUCGAGAAUUUUCUGAGCGGUAUCACCGGCUUGCUGAGCCCCACGUUACUGAAAGACCUCGAGUCAUUCAUUCACAACUUUGCCUACUUCCUAGAUGCGCCUACCACUGAUCAGACUAAGGAGAUUAUUGCUGUCGCGCAUCAGCUCAUCAACAAUAGUACUGCUUCAUCGCUCGUGAACUUGUUGACGUCUGCUGAACAGCUAUUGAACCCAACGUUCAUCAAUGAAACGACCAACUUGAUCAGCAAGGUAUCGCCAUUGAUCGAUGAGUUGGGUCCAUUGCUGAACUCGAAGACUGUCGAUCAAAUCGAGGGUCUAUUAACCAAUGCUGCCGACUUGUUGACGCCAGAGUUCGUCAAGGACACUCAGGCUCUUAUCACGGAUGUUGCGCCGGUCUUGAAUGAUCUCAAACCGCUCUUGAGCAACCAGACUAUCUCCGAACUCGAGAACUUGCUCACAAACGCCAAUGGCCUGUUGACCCCCUCGAACACCAAGGCCAUCAUGUCAUUGCUCAACAACGCCAACGGCUUGUUGACUGCUGACAACACGAAGGCCAUUUCAUCAUUGCUUGGUAACGCCAAUAAUUUGUUGACGCCAGAGUUCGUCAAGGACACCCAGUCUCUUAUCACUGAAGUCGCACCGGUCUUGAAUGAUCUCAAGCCACUAUUGAGCAAUGAGACCAUCUCUGAACUCGAGACUCUCCUCACCAAUGCCAAUGGUCUGUUGACGACUCAGAACACCAAGGAGAUCGAGGCCUUGCUCUCCAACGCCAAUAACUUGUUGACCGCGGAUAACACGAAGGCUAUCGAGACUCUGCUCACCAAUGCUAAUGGCUUGUUAACUGCCGAUAACACCAAGGAGAUCGAGGCACUGCUGUCCAACGCCAACAACUUGUUGACUGCGGAUAAUACCAAGGAGAUUGAGACCUUGCUGAGCAACGCCAACGGAUUGUUGACUGCUGACAACACCAAAGAGAUUGAAGCACUGUUGUCGAACGCCAAUAGCUUGCUGACACCCGACUUCGUGAACGAGACCAAGAGCUUGAUUGGUGACGUUUCGCCACUCCUCGGUGAACUCGGCCCUGUUCUCCAAGCCGCUCAGCCCUUGUUGACCACUAAGAGCAUCCAUAACAUUGAAACACUGUUGACCAAUGCAGGCAACUUGUUGAGCGAUUCCAACACUCAAGAAAUUGAGAGUUUGCUUGCAACUGCCGGCGGUCUGCUCACUCCUGAGAACACUAAGGAUAUUGAGUAUCUAGUCACCAACGCCACCAAGCUGUUGACUCCAAGCUUCGUCUCGGAGACAAGUGGCUUGAUUGGCGACGCUGCACCUCUGCUCGGCGAAGUUGGCCCGAUCUUAACUAUGGUCAAGCCGUUGUUGACCAACACCACCAUUGCAGAACUCGAGGGUCUACUCAGCGGUGCUGUCAGCCUCUUGACACCCAAAUUCAUCAACGAGACCCGGGAUCUCAUCGACGGAGCUGGACCUAUCCUCGCGACUGUCUCACCAUUGAUCACACCCAAGUACAUCGAAGAGCUUGGAUGGCUGUUGACCAACGCCAGCAACUUGUUGACACCAUCAUUCGUCAACGAGACAAGUGGCUUGAUUGGUGAUGCAGCACCUCUGCUCGGCGAAGUCGGCCCGAUCUUGGCGAUGGUCAAACCGCUGUUGUCCAAGGAUAACAUUGAGGAUAUCGAGUACCUCCUCACCAAUGCUACCAACCUCCUUUCACCCACGUUUGUCAAUGAUACUCGUGGCCUUAUCACUGAAGUCGCUCCAGUCAUCACACCUGAUCUCCUGGCCCAGAUUGGCGGUCUGCUAAACAAUGCCGGUGACCUCUUGACGCCUACAUUCGUCAAUGAAACGGGCUCACUUAUUGGUGAUGUCUACCAGCUUCUGCCAUUGCUGAGCAGCCUCAUAAACGCUUUGUAA